CGCCACUCUGCUGAUUUCUCUUUUGCAGUCACGAGUUGAGUUUUAUCAAGUCACAAGUUCACUUAUCUCUUGGUUUAUAAUUAGUUAGUUUGAUAAUCAAUUAUCUUAGUUUUCUAAAUACUUAAACUUAGGCUUGUCGUUGUUCUUAAUACAAGCGGAAAUAUUCAAUACUUGUAGUUUUUCCCGUGCACUGGGGAAUAAAAUUGUUCCGAGUUUCUGCGCGUGAGGCUAAUUAUUAAAAAGAAAAACUCACAAAAUUUAGAGUUUCAAGUUAACAACGAUUCGAUAAGAUGAAGGCAGCUUUAGCAAUUGCGGGGGUGAUGUUGGGAUGCUGUGUAAAUGUAAUAUUUCUGGAAUUGUUGGUCAAAGAGGACCCUGGUUCUGGAAACUUGAUAAAUUUUUGUCAGUUUGUUAUAAUUUCAAUUGAGGGAUUCUUCUUCACUUUGAGAUGUGGAACAAAGAAGAUUGCUGUUCCGCUGAGAGAAUACUUGGUUUUGGUGGUUCUCUUCUUUGUUGUCAGUACAGCAAAUAAUAUGGCCUUUGCUUUCAACAUUUCAAUGACGCUGCAUUUGAUAUUCCGAUCGGGAUCUCUUAUGGCUAACAUGAUCCUAGGGAUGAUAAUCAUGGGAAAAAGAUACACCAUAACGAAAUAUCUAUCAAUAACAAUGAUCUCGGUUGGAAUUUGUAUAUGCACGAUCGCAUCUAGUAAAGAUAUGGAGAAUAAAAGCACGACUCCAAUCGAAGGUGGAUUCUCAGACUACUUUUGGUGGGUUGUUGGGAUCACAAUCCUUACUUUUGCCUUGUUCACAUCUGCUCGUAUGGGAUUAUUCCAAGAAGUUCUCUACAAAAAAUAUGGAAAGCAUCCCCGAGAAGCCUUGUUCUUCACGCAUUUUCUACCAUUACCUGGAUUUGCCCUCCUAAUCACAGACUUGAUUACACAUGUUGGUAUUGCCAAUAAAUCUGCUCCUCUGGAUUAUUUCGGAUUCGCCAUCCCGUGUAUAUGGGUUUACAUUGCUGGCAACGUAUUGACACAGGCCGUUUGCAUAAACUCGGUCUAUGUGUUGACAACUGAAUGCACUUCGCUUACUGUGACACUUGUCGUAACCCUUCGAAAAUUUAUCAGUUUAGUCAUCUCAAUCUUUUACUUUGGAAACCCCUUCACUGUUGCCCAUUGGCUUGGAACCAUUCUCGUAUUUGCUGGAACGAUAUUGUAUUCUGACAUUCCGGGAUUGAUUCAACAAUCAAAGAAAUCAGCAAAGAAAGUGGACUAGUUGCUAAAAAAAUCUAGUUCUUUCUUGAUGUUUAUACUUGUUAUCGUUAAGUAUUAGUUUGACAUGGAAUUUGAAGCAUUACAUAGUCAUUCACUAGCAAUAUAAAAUUGAUAAGAUAUCUCUCGAUAAACGUGUUGCUAUAAUAAUUGAAGAAUAUUAUAGUUCCGUCAUUCUACCGCACCCAAUAUUCCGAAUAUUACAUUUUAGCUCAAUUCAGUGAUAUUACAUCUACUCAUUCCUUUCAGUUUCAAUCACUAAUGAAUUAAUGAAUACCAAAGAUGCAAAUUUCAAUAUUUUUUAACGAGUGAAAUAACUACAUAUUAUGCUGGAUAUCACUUUAUCAAAACAAUAGUUUACGAAAUCUUUCUGAAAUUUAUAUAGAGGGUAUUCACAGUUGUCUUCGUAUCCUAUGAAUCGUUGUUAAAUAGCUUACGAAGAAAAAAAGAACCUUCGUAAAAAUUGAAAGCUUAUUAAUGCGAUUUUUAAUGACAGAAUCUUACGACGUUUACAAAAUCUCAUAACCGUCGUAACUUAUUUUACGAUAGGAAGGAUACUACGUAAGGAUACGAAAUAACCAUGAAUGCUCUCAGAAUUUUAUUCACAAUGACAUCUCAAAUUAAAUUAAUAAUUGCUGGAAUAUAUACGUCUCCUUAAUUCACAUUUUAUUUUGUACCUCUAUUACUGUGAUACUUCAAAAAUUUGAGAAAAUUCUGUAAAACACAAUUCAACUUAUGCCGUGCCAAAUUGUUUCCAAAUAUCAUUUAUAUACCAAAAUUUUCAUCGACUGCUAUUUUAUGUUUUAUGAUAUCAAAAUCAAGAUGGUAUAACUUUGUUAAAUUGUUACAUGCAUAGAAUUUUAAGCAGGGUUGACCCUACAAUUCGUAAAUAAACUGUGUAUAACCUGUUAUAAAUGUUUGCAAGUUAAA